GAGCAUAUAUAAAGCGCCUCGAUGUAGGCCGGGAGGAAAGAAGGAGGAUGGCAGCCCAAGCGUACUUCGUCAGCCUGUUGCUACUCGUCUGCUUGCAGUGGUCAUCGGUGGAUGGCCAGUGCGGCGGAGACUUCACAGCACCCACGGGAAACUUCUCAUCACCCAAUUAUCCUGAUAAUUACGACGACUACUCCUUCUGUGUAUAUGAAAUCGACGUGGGAGAAGGUAACGGGAUCGAGUUGACGUUCCUCGAUUUCGAACUCGAGAGUGGGUUCGAUACCGUCACCAUCACCGAUCUCGGUACGGGCGAAAACGAGACCCAUACUGGACAGUUGGGAUCUCUCGGCCCGUUAACGUUCCUAUAUCAUAACAUUCGCGUCACGUUCGAAUCUGACCUCUCCAUCACAUUCAGAGGAUUCUAUGCGGAGUACGAGUCCUUCUUGCAGCCGUGCGACAUAAGUGCCGGCUGGGAACCGCACGACGGACUGUGCUACAUGUACAUGAACGAGCCAAAAUCUGCACCCGAAGCUCAGCUGGAAUGCGAGGCGAAUGGCGGAAACCUCGCCAGCAUUCAUAGCGGCGGCGAAAAUGCAUACAUUGGAAGCCUGGGCCGAACGUCUCCGAUGUGGAUCGGGCUCCAAAGACAAGGCUCCGAUUGGGAAUGGAUGGACGGAAGCCCCAUCGACUACGACAACUUCAAUCCGAAUUUCCUCGGAGAGGACGAAUAUGCGAUCAUGUGGAAGGAUCAGUGGGGCAACGACGAAUGUCGGCCAUCCAAGUCCUUCGUCUGCCGUCUUCGGGCGGACGAAUGCCCGGAUUCGACUUGGAUCCAGGAGGGUUCCGAUUGCUACCUCGUCAUGAAGGACUCCCUCCUGUUCGACUCAGCUGUUAGGUACUGCGAGAGCACGGACCCUGCGUCGACGCUUCUGACGGUGCCCGAUGACGUGAAUUACAACUUCAUCGUCGAAUCCAUCCUCAACGGACAGGAGCUGAACGAGGAAGUGGAUAUUUGGAUCGGGAUCGAGAGGGAAGGAUCGACCUGGGGCUGGGUCGACGACACCACGUCCGAAUUGGACAACUGGGCUCCGGGUUACCCUGUUGAGGAUGCGGGAAAGGAUUGCGGCACCAUCCUCCUCAGUACCUGGACUGAUUCUCCAGAUGGCAGUUACCCUUUUCCGGAAAAAGAAUCUAAUGAGAUGCUCGUGAGAUUCUCAAACAGGGACCUCAUGAGGUAUUAUGAGAUUUACCUCAUGAGAGGAUUCACGGCCGAGUACGGAUCGAUCCAAAGGGGCUGCGGCGACGGCCUGGAGUUCGGCGAAGCUUGCUACUUCUUCAUAGACGAGCCGACGACGGCGACUGAUGCCCAACGCGAGUGCGAGGCCAUCGAGGCCAAUCUCACCAGCAUCCAUAGCGACGCGGAGAACUUCUUCAUCGGU